AUAUUAAAUAUAUAGCUGUUAUUAUUAUGAUGUAUAACCAGGAUACCAUAGCUAUAAAAGAUAUCAAGCCGGGACAAAAGAACAUAAAUGUUUUAUUCAUUGUGCUGGAUGUCGGCAUUGCCACAGUAACCAAGGAGAACAGAGAGGUGCGAAAUUUCAAAGUCGGCGAUCAUACGGCAAGCAUUAAUGUUUCUAUUUGGGAUGAGCCAGGCAAACUGAUUGUGCCGGGCGACAUCAUAAGAUUAAACAAAGGCUAUGCAUCAAUAUGGCGACAUUGUCUUACACUAUACUCUGGCAAGAAUGGCGAGGUCUUUAAGGUGGGCGAAUACUGCAUGGUGUUCAACGAGGGACUGAAUAUGAGCGAGCCCAAACGCGUGGAGCCGCAAGCUCCUCCAGUGGGCAUGGUGCCGAUACAAGCACCGGCAGCUGCAGCGGCACCAGUAGCUGCCACGCCUGCUGUAACAGUGCCACCCACAAUUGUUAAACAAGGUGGGCGAGGUGGACGUGCGGGUGGUUUGCGAGCAGGCGGAUUAAAAGCAGACCGUCGUUAAUUGUAUUAGUUACUUUAGUUUUUUCUGGGUCGAAUAAUGCACUCAAGUAUGUGACAAUUUUUAUUGCAAAAUUAGGUUUGAGAAACAUUUAUGUUGCUUAACUCUGAGAAAAAUUUAAGAAAUAUAUAUUGUAAUUUUAUAAGACAAAACAACUAAAGCA